CUCGCCGGAGAUUGAGGGGCGGCGGCGAUUGGUUGAGGAAGGAGACAUCUGAGAGGUGUGCUGUGUGCGUGAGUGUUGAAGGAAUAGAGAGAGAGAAAGUAAUGGAGGUAGAGGUUAGGUCAAAUUAAGUAAAAAAGUGUGAUCAAAUUAAAACACAAACCUCUUAUUUUGGUAAAGCACCAUUUUGCCCCCAGUUUUUAUCAACUACUUUCUUAGUUUCACACACUAAUAGAAUAUAUGCAAUAACUAAAUCAUAUUUUUAUUUAAAAAAUAAAUUAAAUAAAUUAAGAUUAUCUUUAUUAUAUUAGUGUAUGGGUGGCCACAGUGCCUGCAUAGAUAUAUUGUAGUAUGCAAUAUCCAGUACCAGUUAGUAUGCUAUCGUUUCAAUGAAGACGGGAUCGGUAGAUUUAUUUAUUUUUUUUUAUUUUUUUUUUCUCGAAAAUAGGAAAAUCGCACCUGAAUGUCCGUUCACUUUAAUCGCCUGAAUACCCAACUGUGAAGCAGGAAAAAGAGAGUGAGAAAUUAAUGUUUUCAAUAAUAGAGGUAGGUUAUUUGGAGAUGAUAAUACUGUUGCUCCAGUCGCUAUCUUUCAGUGUGAAUGCUAGCUGUAAAAUGAGAAGUUAAUUGAGGUAGAUUUGAAUCAUUACUCCAUGUCGGCAGACUUUGAAAAUUCAUAAUUAAUUCAUUCACACUCUCUCAUCUUCAUUCUCAUCUCAUAUUCUCUCUGCAACUUCCAAAACAACCAUGGCAGCUGCUUAUGCAACUCUACUUUCUGCUAUGAAUAUCAUAAACAACCUUCACCAUCAUCCCCGCCCUCCUGUUUCUCUCCACAUUCAACAAGUUGAGUCUCUCACUCAAAAAAUCAGAUUCCUGCUUGAAUUUCUCCAAGGCUAUAACUCCCAUCGUGGCUACUCCAAAGAAGCGGAUCCAUUGGAGAUGCGCAUUGCAGAUGCAGCUUAUGCAGCUGAAUACGCCAUUGAAUCUCAUAUUUUCGAUCAGUACACAAAUAAUGGAGAAAAUAUGAGUUCUGAUGGCCUUUAUGAAGCUCUGGAGAAGGUGAUAGAAGACAUGGCUUCUAUCGAAAAGGAGGCCAAGAAAAUUCAAGGGAGAGUUGGAGUCCAACAUCAGCUGCAUAAAAACUCAACGCCUCCUGAUUCCUCGAGAUCUUCUUCGAUCGGGCAGCAGAGUAGCAUGGUGGGUGCUGAUGAUGUCAAGCUUCAAAUGAUGGAUAAGCUCACUUCUGAUCGCCUUCAUCUACAAAUCAUUCACAUUGUAGGGAUGGGCGGCUCGGGUAAGACCACUCUUGCUAGAACUGUUUAUGAAGAACGUCUUAUUAAGGACCAUUUUGAUAUUUGUGCGUGGGCUACCAUCUCUCAAGAAUAUAUCAUUAAGGAAAUUUUUGCAGGACUCCUUCGUCAGUUAAAUAUUGAAGUUGAUGACAUUUUGAGUGAGGAUGAAUUAGGAGAAAAGUUGUAUAAACAUCUUUAUGGUAGAAGAUACCUAAUUAUAAUGGAUGAUAUGUGGAGCAUUCACUCAUGGGAUAGAGUUAGGAAUUAUUUUCCGGAUAACAAAAAUCGUAGCAGAAUAGUGGUAACAACAAGGCUAUCAGAUUUGGCUUCUAAAUUACCUAACUCUGAUAGCCUUGGGAUGAAACUUUUGGAUGAGGCUCAUAGUUGGGACCUUCUCUCCAAAACUGUGUUUGGGGAAGAAGGUUGCCCUUUCGAAUUGGAGGAAAUAGGAAAAAAAAUUGUAAAAAGUUGCAGAGGACUUCCAUUGUCCAUUGUUGUGGUUGGAGGCCUUUUGGCCAAGUCCAAUCACGAAAAAGAGUUUUGGGAAGACAUAGGGGAAAAUUUGAAUGCAAGUGUCAAUUUAGAGGAUGAUGAACGCUGCUUGAAAAUACUGUAUAUGAGUUACAAACAACUGCCAAUACAUUUGAAACCAUGUUUUCUCUAUAUGGGAGUUUUUCCCGAAGAUGAGUUGAUUGAAAUCUCAAAGCUCGUCAAAUUUUGGGUUGCGGAAGGAUUUCUGAAAGCAGUAAGAGGGAAAAGCUUGGAACAGAUAGCAAAAAAGUAUUUAAAAGACCUUAUUGGUAGAAAUCUUGUUUUAAGGGGUACUAAUAUGAAAGGAAAAAAGUGCUGCCAAAUUCAUGACUUGUUGAGAGACUUGUGCUUGAGAGAAGCUGAAAAAGAAAGGUUUUAUAAUACGACAUUAGAUAAUGAAGCCAUAAGCGCCUUGCCGCCUAUGUCACAAGCUCGUUCUUUGACGUGGAAUGUUCAAAAAAUACGAUCACCUCUUAACAUGAGCUUGUUGAGGAUAGUGAAAACAACUAGAGACGAAUGGGUCGAAGAAGAUUUAUUUGUACAUGCGGAUCAAUUAGUUAACUCACGGUUCCUUCAAAUAGCUUCUGACGGAAUAAGCAAGGGGUGUUUUCCUUGUUCAAUUUGGCGAUUUUGGAAUCUACAAACACUAAUUGUUGACAUGAUCCUCGAUGAGGUCACUGCGCCAACUGAUUUUUGGUACAUGCCUCGCAUCAGGCAUGUUGAGUUCAAAAAGCUUUGUCUGCCGGAUCCUCCUAACGAUCAAGAUGACAUUGUUUUGGGAAAUCUGCAAAGCCUGGGGAAAGUAUUCGAUUUCAAGUGUAGCGAACAAGUGGUCAAGAAAAUUCCCAACAUAAAAGAAUUGGUUUUUGAAAAUUGGGGAGAGCGUGAUGCUGACAUGUAUUGUUUAAGCAAUCUCGAUUGUCUAACUAAACUUGAGUCCUUGGAUUGCACUUUUUCUGGAAAGGGUGUAAUCAACUUUCCCCAUUCGCUCAAGAGAUUGAAUCUUUGUAGCUUCUAUUAUUGUUUGGAAGAUACAUUGGAUAAGGUAGGUGUGUUGCCCCAUCUUCAGAAUCUCACGCUCGAGUGGGGGAGGUUCAACGAAGGGAAGUGGGAAACACCUGAAGGCCAAUUUCGCAGCCUCAAAUUCUUGACUCUUCGCUAUAGUCGUAAUCUAGAAAUCUGGAAAAUUGAAAGCUCCCACUUUCCAUGCCUUGAGCGACUUCAUCUUAUUCAAGUAAUGAAGUUGCGGGAAAUCCCUUUAGAUUUCGCAGAAAUACCCACACUUAGAGAAAUUUGUGUGGACUGGUGCAGCGAUUCAGUUGUGGUCUCUGCUAAAAGAAUAUCAGAGGAACACGAGGACUAUUACGGGGAAGGAGCCCUUCAUGUUCGCGUUCACCUUUGGAGUGAUAACGAAGCAGGACUGGAGAGCUUGGAUAGUCCUAACUUUCGUGUUAAACGUUUAUGAGAUUCACUACGGGUACCGCUAUAUAGAAAACUGCUAUUAGUCUAUAAAUUAAAAAUAGAUUAUAUCCGUAGAUUGUUAGAUCUUUAACGGCUGUGAUUAAAUAUGGUGCAAAUUAUAUGUUCACGG